AUGUCAGCUUUCACUGCCCUCAAUGGGGGCUCACCAAAAACCUCGGAACCACCCAACCCGCCGGCCGAUGCCAGCAGAGCUGCUCCGUCAGACGGGCGCCCCAACGGACAACCCAUCCCACCCGAGCUCAAGUCAACAACCACCGUCACGGAACCCUCCAUCGCCACGGAAUCCUCCAUUGCCACGGAACCCUCCACAAGCCAAAGGGAAAGCUGGGCUGGCCCGAGCCAGGACAGAUCGCCGUAUCAGUCCGCCAACUACCCCGAUGUUGAUGGCUCACACAAGAGAAAACGAUCCGACUCUGUGGAGCUGCGAAGAGAAGCUCCCCCGCCCAAGGAAAAGUCUCCCGGCGCUGCAUCUCACUCUCAUCCUCCAGAGUCACGUGAUCUUUAUGAGACACCCUCGCGCGAGCGCGACCCCCGUUCCUACGCUGAACGCGAAGACUUGCGCGAACAUGGCGAUUCGUGGUAUUCACGCGAAGGAAGAGAAAGGGAUGAGCGGGCCUACUACGACCAGCCUUCCGCCACGUCCACCCAAGGUCAAUCGGAGGAGCAGAUUGGUGAGGCGCUAAGGCGUGCCAACCAGAUGGAUGGACAUGACUACGACAACACCAGCCCUGACGGCGACGACAGAUCCAUGGCAUAUGGCUCCUACACGCCUGGUGGAUCUCGUGACCCCACACUCCAGUCCGACAAGAAGAGAAAGCGCAACUUCAGCAACCGGACCAAGACGGGUUGCCUCACGUGCCGCAGGAGGAAGAAGAAAUGCGAUGAGCAGAAACCCGAAUGUAGCAACUGUCUCCGUGGAGGUUUUGUUUGCGCAGGAUACCCUCCGCAGCGCAACACGGCCUGGCAAAAGCCAGACAGUAAGGGUGCGGCCAUUCCCUUGGAGUCCAAGGAUCCCAGCUAUGUCCCGCCCGGCGCAUACGGCAUGCCGCAGCAAGCUCCGUACGGCAGCCAGCCUGCCAUCGGACAGAGACGGGAGCCGUUGCCCCAUUACCGCGGACAGCCACUGCGGAUAGACCCCCCCCAAGGGCGGCCGCUGCUGACUGAUGACGACCGGCCGACGGCUUCGACUAUCCCCAGCGCAUCCGUAACGAGCCCCGAGAACAAGCUUUCUGCCAUUCCCUACACCCCUGCCAACGCCUUUCCCACGCCUGUCAGCGCUCAAGGGCCUCCACAUGCUCCCUUUUCGGAGAGAAAGGAGUAUCAGCGCGUCCCUCCGUUGCACGACAUCAGCAGGACUGGUCCAGAGCCCGAAACGCCUCACCCCGGCCACACGCUGCCCCAGAUCAAUAUUCUUCACCCAACGAGAUCGAACAGCCCCAUCCCGCAGCAACAGCAGCCGCCGCCGCCGCCGCCGCAGCCCCCGGCAACUACCAACGUGCAGGUCGCGGCGCAGUUGGCACUAUCACACGCCCAGUUCUCCCCCAGCAGGACCAGGACUCAAAAGGAGGACAUGCUCAACGGGAAGCUCUACUACCCAUUCGACAAGGAGCUCGUAUUGGAGCGCGAACGCUGCAGCGCAGCUUGCUGGCGAUUCAACAACUCGACGAACCCGAACAACGGCGUCUCUCCAACGGAGCGCGCACGCCUUUUCCGCGAGAUUCUGCAGCCUCGCGACCCGAUACAGAUUUCGCCAACCGUCGCCUCACCUGUGGCGAACCUGGGGAGAGUGGGUGAGCAUGUGGUCGUGGAGGCGCCCUUCACUUGCGACUAUGGCUACAACAUUUCCAUCGGGCAAAACGUUCUCAUUGGCCGGAGCUGUACUAUUAUUGAUACGUGCGAGGUCAAGAUUGGCGACAAUUGCCACAUCGGUCCGAAUGUAAGCAUCUACACUGCGACACUACCCACCGAUCCCAAGAAGCGCAUGGGCAGCAAGGGGCCACAGUUUGGCAUGCCCAUUACCAUCGGGGAGGACUGCUUUAUCGGUGGGGGGGUUAUCAUCCUACCAGGCGUCACGAUCGGGCGGGGAAGCACCGUCGGGGCUGGCUCAGUUGUCACAAAGGAUGUCCCUCCAUUCACCAUUGCCGUUGGUAAUGCUGCCAGGAUCAUCCGUGGCAUUUCCUCCUAG